AUGGGCCAAGAAGUUGAAGGAGACACAGUUGGUGAUGAAUUUAAAGGCUACAUCUUUAAAAUCACUGGUGGUAAUGACAAGCAAGGUUUCCCAAUGAAGCAAGGUGUUAUGCACCCAACCAGAGUUAGAUUAUUAUUAGCUGAUGGCCACUCUUGUUACAGACCAAGAAGAACUGGUGAACGUAAGAGAAAAUCAGUUAGAGGUUGUAUUGUUGGCCAAGACUUAGCUGUUUUGUCAUUGGCUAUUGUCAAGCAGGGUGAUUCUGAUAUUGAUGGGUUGACUGACACCACCACUCCUAAGAGAUUAGGUCCAAAGAGAGCUAAUCACAUUAGAAAAUUCUUUGGUUUAACCAAGGAUGAUGACGUGAGACAAUUCGUUGUCAGACGUGAAGUUACCAAGGGUGACAAGACUUACACCAAAGCUCCAAAGAUCCAACGUUUGGUCACUCCACAGACUUUGCAAAGAAAGAGAGCCUUGAAAGCAAAGAAGAGCAAGAAUGCUCAACAACAGAGAGAUGCUGCCGCUGAGUACGCUCAGUUGUUGGCUCAACGUUUGCAUGAACGUAAAGCCGAGAGGGCCGAAAUCAGGAAGAGAAGAGCUUCAUCAUUGAAGGCUUAA